AUGCGGCGUCGCCAGCUCUCACGAAGCUUCUCUAGCUGCAAUGUGUCAGACUCCGAGAGCUGCUUCGAUGUUGAGGAUAACGUUGUGGAUAGCGACUCUGAUACUAUUCCGACAGAUAUUGAUAGCGAUGUAGAGGAUAAUGCUAGGGGCGGCGACUCUGAUACUACAGAUGUUGACACUGAUGUAGAAGACCACCCGCCAGAGUACUACCUUCAUCAAGAAGAUGAUUCUGACUCUGAUGAUGAGAUUGAGGAUUAUAGAGACAGUACUCUUUGUCUUAUUGGCGGAAUCGAGCAACGGUUUUACCGGUAUUGUAAAUAUGUCGAAAAGGACCCUAUUCAGUCGAUGCGAGACGUCACUCCCCGCAUGAUUGGGGCCUUCUUCGACUGGGUGCUAAACCAACGUCGUGGAAAGGGUGGGAGGAGGCUGAAAGGCAUUAAGACAGAGAGUAGUCUUAUAUCGUACUACAAGAACUUUCGGAUGGCCUGCGAGAAGGCGACUGGUAUAAGGAUUGGGGAGGGUGACAUAGUUUUUAAACGCAUGGUAAAUCGCAAACUACGGAAGUUAGCAAAGAAGCACAAGCUUAUAAGAGAGAAGCGCGAAAAGGCAGCUAUAGACGUAGAGUCUCUGUCAAUGAUCCUUCAUACCAACCUAACUACCACAAAGAAGAGGUACACACAUGGCCGGCAGCGCAUUGCCAUCAUGCUAUUUCUCCUGCUUGCUGGCUUCUCUGGAAACCGGCCGCAAGCUAUCCUCGACCUCUGCUACCGCCACAUUAUUGUGAGCCUGCUCCGGGACCCAAAGGGCGGGCCCCACCGGAUUCUAAUUGAGUUCACAUGUGAAUUCACGAAGCAGUUUCUUGGCGUAAAGGAAGCUAAUACUUUUGUUCUGCCUGAGAUAAUAUUCGACCCGUCCUUGCUUCUCAGCCCACACGUUUCCCUACUUGGAAUGAUUAUAGACGAUGAAGCCUUCAAAGCCCCAAAUCUCACGUCUGGCGAGGCUAUCAGCAAGUUAGACAUUCGGCCAGGCUGCAAUCAGCUGUCGUUGUUUCUAAAGCCAGAAAAGGCCAACAUCCCCAUCUUCCGCAAGUCCAUCCGGACACCCUACGGGUGGGAGAUCUCGCCUACCGAGCCGCUCCCUUAUUCGACUCUCCUACGGUGGAUGGAGGGCCUUGGAGUACUAUCGUGCUUCCCACAGAUUAUCCGCCCAUAUGGUCUCCGGUACAACGCGGGCAACAAAUUCAACAAGAGCGGGGACGUGAGUGAUGCGCUCCAGAACAUGAUGCUACAGCACGCUGACAUGCGCACCUUCAUUAAUCACUAUCUCUCGCGGCGGGUAGAGGCUGAUACUAGGGCUAUCGUGUGUGGCUACGAGCCUCAGAACCACCUCAUGGAGGCAGCGUGCCGGCUACUGCGGUGGAUCGAUCCCUGCCGGCCGCAGGAGUUGACGACUGAGCAAUCCCAGUCUGUCAAUCAGUCCCCUCGUGUCCUCCGACUCGUCGCACGGCGAGAGAAAUCAAAACACCGCUCUGUUGGUACAGUCACAACGCAACCCCAUUACAAAGCUCUCACUAGUGAUAUCGCUAGGGAGAGGCAACGGCAGAGAAUCGCACUCCUAAAGAAGCUUCGGGACGAGUGGGACCUAGAGAAGUCAGUCAGCGACAUCGAGUUGCAGCUCUCUGGUCUAAAGUUCGACGAGGACUUAAAGACUACCCUAGACCUAGCCGAUGAUAUGCCUCAACCUCAAAGGCGCCUAGUGGAGACAGUUAUAACGCUUCCAGGGACCACUCUGGAGGAGGAAAUCUGCCGGCGCAAUGCGGCUAUCAAUGCGACCGCUGCCUACUGCAAGUUUCAGGAAGGGGGAGCUGCUCCCAGGCGCGCCCCUAUCAGGCGAACGGGUUCAACCCCGGCCGACCCGCAGUUGGCGGCCGCAGAGACCGAAAAGCAAGCACUGGACGCAGCUAUGUUGUCAGUAUACACAGAGAACCGACCAAAGAUAUGCUUCAUGUGCUUAGGGGAGCGAAAUUUAUCAUUCGAAAAGCGCACUAAAUCAUUUGCGAGUCCAGGAGACUUAACGAAGCACUUCAAGCGGAAGCAUUUGGCCAACAUCAAGAAAGGAGAUCGGAUCGGGUGCAAGGUCUGUCGGAUGUCUCUGGAGCAUAAGCCGCAUCUCCGGAAUCAUGCAGAGAGUAUCCACGGGACGGUUUCUUGA